ACAGUAACUUUGUAGUGAUUUUUAAUCUUCCUGCUUCUUACACUCAAAAUCAAUCACUCUUCGAGGAGGAAGAAGAAGAAGAAAAGCCAGAGAAAUGGAAAAGUUGAAGAAGAAAAUAAGAUCGUUUUCGUUUUGGAAUUGGGUGAUAGCCUCGAUCAUCUUCAGAUUGAUUCUAAUCUACUUCCCCAAGAACCUCAAUCUGUGUUCUCGUCCCGAAGUUUCCACUCCGCUCACCAGCUUCCGCCGCUUGGCCGAAGGUUACUGGUUAAAGCAGUCGUCUAUGUCUCCUUAUGCAGGAUCUAUGUAUCAUGGUUCACCUUUGUUAUUGUCACUUCUCGGACCUUUAACCGUCAAGAGAAUUGAAGGACAGCCUAACCAUCUUUUGUACAGUUUGGUUUCUGUGAUUGCAGAUGUUGUUAGUGCGAUGCUUAUACGUGCUACAGGGCAGAAUCUUCAGGUUGCCUAUUUCGGUACUUUGAAAUCGUUAGACCUUGUUAAACAAAUCGAACUUUCAGAGGUGCACUCUUCGGGGGAUGUUGCUGCUCUUAUCUAUUUAUGUAAUCCUUUCACGAUAGUUGCAUGUGUGGGGUUGUCAACAUCGCCAAUUGAAAAUAUGGCUGUUAUUUUGUGCCUUUAUGGAGCAUGUUCACGACUAGUUCCCUUGGCUGCUUUUGGGUGGGUGAUUGCAACUCAUUUGUCUCUUUAUCCUGCUAUUUUGAUCAUUCCGGUACACCUCUCUUUUGUUUUAGCUAUUUGUGAUCUUUUAUUAGGAUAUGGUCCAGACGCUCCUCCGAGGAAAUUGUUUCUGCAAAGGCACCAACAAAAAGGAUUGUCGAGUCAGUCGAAGCUCCCUCCUGGUUUCUCAUGGGGAUCAAUUAUUCAUUUUGCAUUUUGGGCACUUUUGUGGUCAGUCUAUGUGUUAGUCCUUUGUGGCAUUUCCUUGAAACAGUUUGGUGGUUUAUGGGAGAUGUUUAAAAGUACAUACGGAUUCAUCCUCACUGUGGAAGAUUUGUCCCCAAAUGUUGGUGUCUUAUGGUACUUCUUUGCCGAAGUUUUUGAAUUUUUCAGGAACUUCUUUUUGAUAGUUUUCCAUGUCAAUAUUUUAUUUAUGAUAUUGCCAUUAGCCAUACGGCUUCACCAUCGACCCUGUUACUUGGCUUUUGUAUACGUUGCCAUAUGUUCCAUGCUGAAGUCCUAUCCAUCAGUUGGAGAUUCAGCAUUGUACUUGGGUUUGUUGGGUUGGUUUGUUAACGAAUUAUCAGAUAUGCAGUUCUCUCUCUUCCUCUUCUGUGGAUAUGUUGGGGUUUCUCUUCUCAGCCCUGUCAUGCACAACCUAUGGAUAUGGAGGGGCACUGGCAAUGCAAACUUCUACUUUGCAACCGCUAUGGUUUAUGCUUGCUUGCAGAUUGUCUUAGUCGUCGAGGGUGUAAGUGCCAUGUUAAACCAUGACAGAAAGUUGAGAAGCCUAAUCCUCGACAAGCCCCGAGACGCCAAAUCUUGAGUUAUUUUGACCAUGCCACAUUUUUCCGGUUCUACCACGAAGAUUCUUCCCGGCAGGUUGGUGCCACCGUAUCUUUGCUCUCAGCACUGUUGUUUUUGCAUCAAGAUCAUGAUCGCAUGGGAUUCAUCGGAACUGAUCCUACAUUCAAUGUUUGUUUCGUAUGAAUGGUUAUGAUAAACUGAAAGUAGUGAGAAUUUUCUAUCACCAUUAAAGUCAUCAAAAUUCCUUCAAAAUUGUUGUUAAAACUUCAACUUUUCAAUAGAAAGU